AUGUCGAAAAGAGGCCUCGUAACACCCAUCCUCGGCGCCACGGCCGUCCUAGGCGGCGGUGUCUACUACUUCCGCAAGCCGAACACCUUCGGCGACCCUGCUCAACAUGUUCACGACACCGACAAGCCUCGUCCCACGGCCGACGAAGUCGCGAUCAAGAAAGAACAGGCGAACGCGAAGCGCGACCUCGGCAUGGGCGGUGCCGGCGUAGGCAUGAACCACGCGACCGGCGGCACCGACAUUGGCUCCGGCCUCAAGAGCGGCAACACGCAGAACCCGAACCGCGACACCGCCAAGGGACCGACCGAGAAGUUCCCCUCUGAUGCGGGCGCAGUUGGCGGAGGACAUGGUCGUGGAAACGCGAACAGCAGAGCCAUUGAGACUCACGGUCCUUCCAAGCCUUCAGGUACGAGUGGAAGUACCGGCAACACGGAGGGCGGCAUAUCUCACAGGCUGCAGGGCUUCUUCGGGACGGGAGGACAUAAGGAGGGCGACAGGCCUUCCACACCUAUGAUGGACACCAAGGUCGCCAGUCAUCAUGGCGAUACUCCCACGAAUCGUGGAGGAAGCCCGUGGGACAAACACCGCCGAGAUGUCACGGCGACGGCCGAGAAGGGGUCACCUCAAAAGUCAUGA